AUGCACCUAUCUCAUUUGCAACGCCAUCAGUCUUCACAUUUGAAUGCUCGUGAAUUUGAAUGCUGUCACUGUGGUAAAGCUUUUGUGCAAAAAGUUCAUCUUAACACUCACUUAAAAUGGACGCACCAUAUAACGGAAGAAGAAGGUCCUUUGAGUUUAUCUGCAGAAGGAAAGCGACGUCAUGUGUUCGUAAGAUGUAAAACUUGUGGAGAAGUUUUAGAAUCGUUGGAAGAGGCUCGUACGCAUGAAGCGACACAUAAAACUGAUGGGUGUUGGGUGUGUAGGACCUGUUCAAGAAGGUUCACUAGACUUUUGGAAUUUAAUACCCAUGAACUAACCCACACACGUAUGGGUACGUUCCUGUGCGUCCCCUGCAGUUCAGUGUUUAUUCAGCGCACUCAGCUGACAAGACACAUUAAAAAAAUGCAUCUAGCUCAAAGAAACUGCGACGACUGUGAUGAAAGAUUUUCUGCUAUAGAACAGUUCACCAGCCAUAUGCAGAUAAUUCAUGAUAAAGUUACUUGUGCAUAUUGUGGAGAUGAUGAUCAUUCAAAACAGCAUAUUGAAAUGAAACAUUGGAAGAAGUUGAAAGUUCCAUUGCCUCUCGGAUCUACGUGUGCUACUCAGAAAGUUGUUGAACAAGGAACGACAUUGAGUAAGUGA